CACUUCCUUCGGCCUCAUUUCCCCGGUUUCACCUUUUUCGAUGGUCUAGUUCGGAUGCUGGCGUCCCGCUGGGCCAUUUCGUCCCGCUGGGCCAUUGGCGUUGGCUUUGGCAGCUUCUUGCUGCAGCAAACGCCGACCUCUGCGGAGUGGCGGGUGGCCAUUCUGCUGCUGGGCGCCGCCGGGAUCUUUGGAGCGUUGCUGGUGACGUAUGGCGCGAUGUACCUUAGACCCUCUUCCUUUCACAGCCUGAAGCUUCUGGAGAAAGGAUCCAGAGAUGCUUGUCGCUACUUCGCCGUGUCGAUAGCCCUUCUAGGCAGCUUUCAGUUUCUGCUGGUGGCGCUGCGUUUGUGGCCCGAGCUGCUACUGGUUGCCACAUUGCACGAGCUCCCGGCAGAUCUGGUGGAUGCCUUCCCUGAGGGCCUGGAGUUGAAUCUGACCAAUGGAGUUCUCAGUGGUGGCUCCCUGUCCUCGUCUCAUGAGCCUCGCCUUUCUUUGGAGCUACCAAGCUUAAGCCUCUUCGACCUCUGUGGUGGCUCUUUGUCCUGGACCUUGCUCUCAUUAGACUUCGGCAGCCCAGACUUGCGAAACCUGGGGAAAAUGCUGGUGGCCUAUUUCUACUGGUCCAGAACUGGUCAGCUUCAAGUUCCCAGCUUCAACUCCCAAGUGCUGCAGUUCGAGCUGGAUGAGCCUGUCGAAGUCCUAUUGGACCAGGAUUUGGUGGCUUGUGGAGCACCCAGGCCCCUAUUGCCACAGCCGCUCAUGGGAACCUGGCUGCCAGCCACGGUGCGUGGUGUGCAGCCAUCAACGAUGCUGGCACAGUACAAGUACCAGGUCUAUGUGGGUGGAAGCUCCGACAACGCCGAGGAGCUGCCCGCCUGCAAUGGCACAGAACCCCUGGCCGCUUGUGUUUGCUCGGUGCUGCCCACGGCGCUGCGGCGCACGAGUCGCUUGUUGAUCGACCUGGAAGAGGCCCCUUCCCUGGAAGAGCUCCAGGCGAGCAAGGCCAUUCUGGCCUUGGGCAGCAGGAGCUUUGCCAUUUUGGAAGGCUUCUCGUUUCACCACAAUCAGUACUGGUCGCACCGGAGGUCCUCAGGACAGCAGCUUUGGCGAAGCUAUAGCAAGAAGGAGCUCCGCCUCUAUGAGCCGCUGCAGUGCAUGACAGGCCUCUAUUGCCGAAAGCAUGGCAACUCCCUGCUGUGUUCUAGGCAGGAAGCCCAAGCACAGAUUGGAGACUGGGAGCAGCAGUGGCCAAGCCUUUUUUGGGCGCUUCGUUGGAAGCUGGUGCUACCUUUGGGCAUGUUGCUUGGAUGGAUGGCUUGCAUUUUGGCGAGUUUCAUCACCCAAGGCAGCCUUGUAUUGCUUUUCUAUUGGCCAUUGGGCUACUUCGCUUAUGCUUUCCUGCGGCACGUGGACGCCCCCGUGCCCUCCAUCGGGCGCAGCUUGGUUGUGGCAAUCUACACAGGGAUGCCCUUCAUGGUCCUACACUCGAUGCUGGAGAUCGUUUGGCACAUGUGGGGCGAUGGCGACCUUCUGCCCUCGUACCUCGAAGAGGUCAUAGACCUAGAGCUCAACAGGGAGUUCAUCUUCUACGUUUGGCUGCUUUGGAGCAGCUACCUGGUGAAUCGGCUGCGUUUCCUGGCGGCCCAGCAGCGUAAGGCUCCUCCACGCCUGCACCCGCAGCGCGCCGAGGGGCAGGAGGCCUCCGAGGCACCGACGUGUCGGAUUUGCUUCGGAGGCAGCGAGAGCGGGCGACUCAUCUCUCCAUGCUUGUGUUCCGGCAGCAUGCGCUAUGUCCACAUGGAUUGUUUGAACAUGUGGCGAGCCUCAAGUGCCAAUCCACAAUCCUCCUUCCGAUGCGACCAGUGCCAGUAUGUGUAUUCCGUGCAACGCGCCUUCUAUGCAAACAUUCUCAGAUCCGCCCUAGUGCUGCACACCGUGACCUUGCUGGUCUUUGGUCUCGUGGUGCUCCUGUGUGCGUACAUUUGCCUCUUCAUGGACUGGCUGCAGAACGGCUCCACGCCCGAGUCGCGGCAGCUCUUCUCCGAAAGCCUCAUGGAGCAGCUCACGAACGUCACGGGCCUGGAGGAGGCAGACAAGGAACAGCUGGUGCAGGUCAUGGAGAGGAUGAACACUUGGACGAUCGGUGGCGUUCCAUUCAUCCAUUUGGCCAAUGGUUUAAUGAUGGUCGGCCUCAGUGGAUGUCACUCCCUGGGCUUCUUCCUCUCCCAUGCCGCGGGCAACGAGAACAACCCCUUGCCGCUCAUUAGCGGCCUGAUGAUCCUGGCUGGAUUGAUCCGUGUUUUUUGCUCCUUGUACCGCGCGGUGAAGCUGGUCUCCGGAAAGGUCCUGGAGUCCGCCGAGUCGAUGAUCCUCGAUGUGUACGGCCCGGUCGACGUGCCCGGUGGCGUGGAGGGUGUGCCCGGUCGCACUCGUGGUGGGCACGAGGGUGAAGGUCUGGAGCUGGCAGAAGGACUGGGUGGGGCGAGAUGUUCAGCCAAGAUGCCAGAGGUUUCGGAAGCAGGUGAUGGUGAUCUUGGAGAAGAAGCUGGUGACCUCGCCUGUGAAGGGUGUGAAGGGGAAGAGCUGGUGGAGCAGUUGGGUCAUGGAGACGAGAAAUCAGCGGUCGAUCUUCCUUUCCACGCAGUCUCAGAUGCUCAAAGCGUGGCAGCUGACGGUCAGGGUGCUCAUGAAGACCCUCCAGUGGCAGCCCGUGAAGAUGUGCCAGCUCUGAGCCGGGACUCUCCCAACACGGAAGAACUCCCAUUCACCAGCCCACUGAGAAUGUCAGUGCAGACAUGUGACUAUCCUGAGGAUGAAUGAGGCAAGAUCUUGUGAUCAAUCCACCUUCCUCAGCUACUGUAGUUUGAUGAUUCUUUGAAGAACCUUUGCACCAUGAAUGCAGACCCUUUGCUUUUCCAAAUGAACGUAGCUUUGCACACAGCUUGGUGGCACCCGAGCCAGCAAUCAUGUUGAAUGUUUACCGAAAGGUGACUACAACAUGCAAAAAAAACGGCACCAAGGGAAUGUUCAGAAAUUGUUUGCUUCUAUCUUUGGAUAGACACCCAAUUCUGAUUUGCUGUGUUGGACCAUCUGCCUUCGUCAAGCAGCGCAGUGCUGUGACCAGAACAGCAGCGCUCCGUCCCCGCGAGUCGCAAAACUGGCGCGAUGCCCCAUCCGGUCAUCCACUCGUUGAGAGAAGCGAUCCGGGGUUUGAGUGUUUUGUAAGCUGAACUGAAGAAGCAUCC